AUUACGUGAUGUCAUUUAAUGUUAUUCUUGUCUACGUCUUAGAUGUAUAGCAGCGUUUCCUGUGAAAAUUUGAAAAAAAAGAUGAAUGGUUAAUCAAUAAUAGUAGUCUGUCUAAACUAAAGUAUAAAAGAGUGUUAGAAAAAAAAUCAAGUUUAGCUCUAGAUCACGGGUAGCUAUAGUUAUGGAAAAAAGCUGAAUUAUGUAACCCAUAAUUCAUAGCAAGGCAAGGCAAACAGGUCAUUCAAAGUGCUUAAAAUAAAAGCAAGUAACAGGAAAAAUUAAAUGGAAAAUUAAAAACUAAAAAAAGUAAAAGACAAAAACUAAAUAAAAAGCAUAAAUAUUGAUUAGCAGUCCUGUUUUACCUGGAAGUGAAGAAAUUGAUUUCCUGCUCUCUAAUUAAAAGCAAAAUCAUUCAUUAUAUAUAAUAAUUAAAAUUGAUGCCGCAUAAAUUCCUACAAAUAAUUGAAAAUGUUUAUAGUAAAUAUCAUAUGACGGUGGGUGACUCAGGUGCGCUAAGCGGAUGCAGGUGGAGCAGGCAGCACGGCAGGGGAGGGGUUACAUGCACUAACUAACUUGCAAUGUUUCUAACUUUGGGCGCAACUUCGUUCCUGGUUCCGCCAGUCGACAUGGCCUCUGAAUUAAGUCAAGACGCCGUGCUACAAUUUAUUCUUAGCAAAAAUGGAAGAGUCAAAAACGCCGACCUUCUGACGCACUUCAGAACUUUCCUUAGAGAGGACGACAACAAGGCGCAGAACAGAGAAUUCUUUAAAAAAUUUGUCAACUCUGUGGCGGUGGUUAAACAAGAGGAAGGUGUGUCAUUCGUUGUGUUAAAGAAGAGGUACACGGUGCAUGUCGGAGACGCCGUCCCCACUCCGAAAGCGUACUGGGAAAGGGAUAAAAAAUCUAAACAAACAGGAUUUUCCCCGCAAGAGGAAAACGGAAACCUGGAGAAAGGUCAGGCUUUACCUCAAACUAAGUUUAAAUUAAAUACUCAACCAGUGUCACACACAGGGUUUAAUGCGCUUCGAAGCACUAAUAAUAUUUUGCCGUCUGCUGGGAUUAUUACCAAUGUAGACAAUGCUCGCAAAGACAAACGUGACACAAAUCCUCCGUUUUCUACUUUACAUACGUCAAUCACCAAGACCGAUAGAGUUACCGAGAACCGCAGCUGUACUUUGAAAUUGCCUGAAGCUAAAGUGUUAUAUGGGGUUGAGAAACCACAAGAUAAAGAGUGCGAUAAAUCUUUUGUUGCCCCAACAAAUACUGGACAAAAACAUGCAAGCAUCGCUAAACCGAGACCGUCCGAACCUUUGCACAACCAGAAAGCGACAUUUUCCCAGAAUUAUCCAUACAGCAGCAGUAAUGUCUCUCUGGACGAACCUGCAAAACCAAGUGUCGUGGAUGAAGUCGAAAAAGAAAUCAAACGUAAAAACUUAGAAUUUUCAAGCUCAUUAUGCCCUUUAACUGUAAAAACCAGAAAUAUUUCGCAAUCGUCUUCUUGUAUUUUGAAUUGUCACAAAGAUUCGGAUGACACAGGAGCGACCCCCAGCCAUGGAAGCCAACCAGCACCUGUAGAGAUCCUUGAAAGUACCAGAUCCCAUCAGCAGGAAGACAGUGUAGCAGCUACAAUGAACCCCCAUCUUUCCUACCACAGCUUACCACCAGAGAGCCCUGGGUCCUCAGUGGACAGCUAUUCAGAAAUGUAUCGGACUGGACUUUCUGCCAGUCACGGAGAUCUUUUGUUACCGUCUUACGAGAACUCUGAGUGGCCUGAGAGGUUCCACAAAGACCAGGAUUGGGCCAGUGAUGAAAGCCUCAAUUUCAAGGGACUCUCAAGUGGGAAACAGAAAGUAUAUGAGAUGCUUCAUCGUGCCCUGGAGCCCAAGAUGGCUUUGCUGCAUCGCGCAGAGAGAAAAGUGACCCCCUAUCAUCAUUCUGCUGGUUACCUUAACGAUGUGCCCAGGGCAGAUCAGUCUGGAUCAGAGUCUGGGCUCCCCGUUCCACUGCAUACCAAGAACCGGAAGUCCAGUGCAUUCCAAAGCAGGAUGUGUCGUAGCUUGGGAGCUGACCUGGACCAGCCAUUCCAUGAUGACGUAGUGUCCGCAAGGAAGAACAGGCUCUACUUGCUCUCCUCAUCUUUAAGCAUGAGCUAUCUAAGUCGACCCUCCCAUUUAAAUAGAUCUGGGGAUGUUGCUUGUCCUGAUCACAAGGUCUCCACAAGUGAGAGUACUUACUUCCAUAGGAACACCUUAGUGCCGUUAGAAUCAAAAGAACAUGACUGGUUGGUCAAGGCAGCUUCUGGGUGCUGGACUGAAAUAUACACUCUCUUUCGAGAGGAUCCGAGUCUCUUAAAUAAGAGGGAUUUCAUUUCAGGAUACACAGUGCUACACUGGAUUGCGAAACAUGGAGAUCAUCGUGUUCUUAAUACUCUGUGGUAUGGAGUUAGUAAAGCUGGACUGAACUUUGAUAUUGACAGUAAAACAACCUGCGGAUACACCCCGUUACAUCUGGCAGUCAUCCAUGGACACCGGAAGCUGAUCCGUGUUCUAGUACUUAAGUUCAAAGCCAAAGUAUCAUUGAGGGAUACUAGUGGCAAGAAAGCGUGGCAAUACCUUGGCCUCAAUGGCUCCAGGGAUCUCCUUGAGUUGCUCGGAGCUCCAAAGUUGAAGACUGCACAUGGUAAGAUAUUUGGGUACUCUUCAGAGAAGCUGCUGAUACAGCCAAACAGCACGAGUCCCUCUGUGAAGAGGCAGACCUCCAUAGCUGCAAUCCUCAAGCAUAAAUCGCUACUGAAAAUCCACGCUCAUUCAGAGUCUUCUGUAUAAACACAGCCGUUAAUGUUUUUUUUUUUUUUUCCCCCCCCCCCCUCUUUUUAGCAUAUUUCUGUUGGGUUCUGAUGACAUCUGUUCUGAUGUCAUUGCUGAAAAUUAACAUUGUACUAGUAUUAUACAAUUAUUACACAAUGCAUACCAGUUAUUAAUUCUGUGAUGUUUAACACCUUUGUGACUUUGCUGUGUAAUAAUGCAUCUGCUGCAUCUUUUGUUUACAAUUAUAGGUUUUUCCCAAAAAAUAUAUAUAUACUUUAUUCAUACCCAAAUCUUAAGUCUUUACCAAUUAAUAUGCAGCUUAUCGGCUCAUCUACUAUAAUGGAUAUGACAUUUAAUAUUUAGUGGUAGAAAUUUUAUCCAUCUUUGCUUCAGUAUAAAGCUUCCACUGUAUUUUAUGUUUGCCUGAGCUGCUCUAAACAUUGUUGUAGUGCUUUACUGCAUAACACCCUACAUAAGUGGUACGUCAUUUUUUUUUCUGAAGAGGAACCCAUAAUUUUCUUUUAGUCCAGUCAAUGUUUCACAUAGUUUUUUUUAUAAUAUGUAUGAACCUAGCAGCUAAUGUGAAGGGUUUUGCAACAUUAGAAUUUUAUAUGGAAAACCCUUGGUGGCUGGAUGCUAAUUGCUCAGCAUACAAACAGUAAUUAUCUUUGCUGGUGUUCCAGGCUUGCAGUGACUGACAGGGACUCAGUGAUUCAUAUUCGAAAAAUGUGACCUGUAUUCUGUUACUGCUGCAGGAUGCACCCUACUAAGGAAGUUUCAAUGGCCACAAAGAUAAAAUUCCGUAUAAUCAAAAACUAGCUAUGUUGCCUUACCACAUAAACGUGUGUUUCCAUGCAGAUCAUUUUGCAUGUGCCAGAGCUAUUUUUGUUGACUUUUACUUUUGAACCUUAAUAUGUGGUGUCUUGCAUAUUUCAUAUAUGUAUUUUAUUUUUAAAGGUUUCGUAUAAAUAAAUCCAUAUAAUGUAAAUGUG